AUGGCAGGCAGCAGCAGCAUCCCAGCUGCGACCACCGUCCGCGAGAUCCGAGUUGCGCAGCGUGCGGAUGGGCCGGCGGCGGUGCUGGCCAUCGGCACGGCGAACCCGCCCCACUGCGUGCCCCAGGGAGACUACCCUGACUACUACUUCCGCGUCACCAACAGCGACCACCUCACGCACCUCAAGCCCACCUUUGCCAAGCUAUGCGGGAUGACGGGCAUCGGCAGGCGUUUCUUCCACCACACCGAUGAACUGCUCGCCACGCACCCGGACUGGUCCCUAGACGAACGCCUCGCCGUCGUGGCUACCGCGGCCCCCGAGCUGGCCGCGUCGGCUGCUGCGAACGCCAUCGGCGAGUGGGGCCGUCCGGCCGGCGACAUCACCCAUCUCGUCGUCAGCACCAACGCCGGAUCGCACGCCCCGGGCACCGACAUCCGCUUGGUCUCCCUCCUCGGCCUCCGCCACGACGUCCUGCGCACCGCGCUCCAGCUCAACGGCUGCGCUUCCGGGUGCGCCGCCCUGCGACUAGCCAAGGACCUCGCCGAGAACAACCGCGGCGCGCGCGUCCUCGUGGCCUGCGUCGAGCUCACCGUCACCGCCUUCCGCGGGCCGGACGAGGCGGACAACAGCCUCAUCCCCCAGGGGCUCUUCGGCGACGGCGCCGGUGCCGUCAUCGUUGGUGCGGACCCCCACGUCCACGAGCGCCCGCUGUUCGAGAUGGUGUUGGCCUCUCAGCGCCAUAGAGAAGAUCCCGAAGCUGGCGGUGAUCAAGACUGGGGCGUGAUGAUGGGAUUUGGACCGGGGUUCACUGUCGAGACGAUGCUGCUACACGCUACCACCUAG